CACUCUUAGCAAGCUCCUUUCUCCAUUCACCUCCACCGCCUACUUCUUUCAAAACCCAGUACUCAGAAUUUAUAUAUAUAUAUAUAUAUAUGAGAUUUUUUUCCUGAGUUGGGACUUUGAGUGCAGUGUAUAAUUCAAAAUUUUCAAAUGGGUAUUUGCAGUUCGUCUGAUUCGACCAACGUGGCAACGGCAAAGCUGAUCUUACAAGACGGUCGGCUGCAGGAAUUCUCGUACCCAGUUAAGGUUUCCUACGUGUUACAGAAAAACCCGUCGUGUUUCAUUUGUAACUCCGACGAGAUGGACUUUGACGACGUCGUUUCGGCCGUGAACGACGAGGACGAGCUUGAACUGGGUCAGCUUUAUUUCGCUUUGCCGUUGAGUAAGCUACAGUACCCUUUACAGGCUGAGGAAAUGGCUGCAUUGGCUGUUAAAGCUAAUUCUGCUUUGAUGAAAGGAACUGGGGGUGAGAAAUGUAGGUAUCGCCGGAAACCGGUGUUUUCCGGCGGAGAGGUCAAGUCUCCGAGGAGUGGCGUCGUUGCCGGAGACGGGUUAAGGAGAGGAAGGAGUGGUCGUAGUAGUAGAAACUUUACAGCAAUGUUGAGUGCAAUACCUGAGUAGUGGGGUACUUUAUUCUGGGGUUAGUUUUGUAAAUACCGCAAUGAUCUGGGUUCAUAUUAAAAAAAAGAAAAAAAAAAAAGUAUGUGACGAGUGUGUGGCACUGUACCAAUUUUCAAACCCAUCUAAGGGUCUUGUUACAAUUUUACCCUUGUUUAGGUUGAUGAGCCAUUUACAUGAACAUAGCGAUAAUGAUAACGACAAUAAUUUUGAAAAUUUUUCUUUCAAAUUAAACUCUAGCUAGCUAGUCGAGAAUGAAGUAAACAAUGGACUAUAAGUCUAUAACGGAGGAAGCUGCGUGCGAAAUCCUCUUUGUGUGUAUAAAAUAAUGUGUUACAGGAUAAGAGUGAAUAAGAAUAACAAAGAAUAGGACGAUAAACAAUUAAACAU